AUGGAAGCUUUCAGCUUGCUCAAGUACUGGCGAGGCGGUGGUGUUGUAGCCAAUCCCGUUCCCAAUAGCACAGACACUGCUUCUUCCGCCAACAUGCGCGCCCCUUCGACCUCCACCACCACCACCACAAUCCUCACCGCCGUCGCCCAACACAGAGACGAGACUGACGACGACGACAGCGACGGCGACGAUGGGCCUUUCUUCGACUUAGAGUUCGCUGUCCCCGACGAGGAUGAAGCCCUGCCGCAAACCCGCAAACCCUCUGGCCAAAGUACGGACGAGACCGAUGUAGAGCACCAAGAAGACGACGACGACGAUAGCUCUGAGGAAGAUGAUGAAGAGUCUGAUGAUGGCGUGGACGGUGAGAGAGAGUUCAACUUCACGGUCUCUUCUGGGUCUAGCCAUGACCAUACGGACGACCCCACCCUCACUCUGUCUCCCUCCGACGACUUGUUCUUCAAAGGCAAGCUUGUGCCCAUUGAGCCCUCGUCGAUUGAGUUCAACCCAUCUGAAGAACCCAACUCCAAGCCCCAAUUCGCCGUUUCCUUGUUGAAAUCGGCCACCAAAUUUCGUGUUUUCAUGUUGGGUUUGAAGAAAUCGAAGUCGAAUGCAAAUGGGUCGGAGAAAACAGACCCGGCUGUUGGAUCUGUUGAACCGCCGCAGAAAACCCAAAAGCCGCAGCAGCAGAAGCAAAAGCAGCAGGGGAAGCUUUUCACGGUGAAAUUUAAAGUCGAGGAGGUACCCAUUGUGUCUUUGUUUACCAGAGACAACAGCUCCAGAAUCUCCACCACCACCAACAAGUCCCAGUCCCAGACCCAGACCCAGCAGAAGCCCAUAAGCGCUGCUGAAGAAUCGGCUUCUGAGGAAAAGCGCUUUUCCAAAGAAGUAAUGCAAAAGUACUUGAAAAUGGUCAAGCCUCUCUACGUUCGCGUGUCCAAGAGGUACGGUGAGAAGCUCAGGCUGUCCGGCCAACUCAGCUUAAGCGGCUCGACAGCGCCGGCGCCUGUUGCUGGGUCUGAGAAGAGCCAGUCAGGGACUGAAGCUUCAGAGCCACCGGCGACGGCGAGCAUUGCGAAGAGUUUUCAUAAACAGGGAAAUUUUCCGGCUGGGCUGAGAGUGGUUUGUAAGCACUUGGGUAAAAGCCGGUCGGCUUCUUCGGCUGUAGCCGCGGCUCCAUCAGGAGCCGUGGUGUCUCAGAGGAGAGAUGAUUCGCUGCUUCAGCAGCAGGAUGGAAUCCAAAGCGCCAUUCUGCAUUGCAAGCGCUCCUUCAAUGCCUCCAGAGAUUCGGACUCUACCCUGCUAUCUCGGUCUGUGAGCGAUCCCUCGAAUGAAAAGUCAGUUGAGUUGUCACGCAAAUCGUCGGAUCAUGGCAAAGGAGUUGGCCUUUAA